CGCCCGCCGGCCGGAGCCCCGCGCGCGCCUUUUGCCGCGCCCGUCCCCGGGUUCCCCCCCCCCGCCCCCCGCCCCGCCCGCGCACGCCCCGGGGUGCUCCUGGCAGGGGCGGCCUCGCUCCCGCCGCCGCGGGCUUCCCCCCACAUGCCAGUGCCGAUCACUUUCGACUGGAGCGAGGACGAGGCAGCGAUCACCUUUGUCUUGCACGUCCGGGGCGCAACCGCGAAGACCGUGGACAUUGCGCUGUGCGACGUGUACGUCAAGGUGAACGUCCACCCGGCGCUGUUCGAGGCCGACCUGCUUCGCGAGGUCGACCCCGAGCACCCGAAGACGCGCUGCCGCGUGGGCGCCAACAAG